GUUCCAGGAGGCAGCCAGUGCAGAGAGAAUUUGGAAAGCAGCAUUCUGUAAUCUGGCACGGUGGCGUGGGUACAGCAAAUUCAGUGCCCCGGAAAGUCAACAGAUAGCUCCACCGCUCCGAAAUUGUUUCGAGCGUCACGUUUUCAUACUUCAGACUGUGCUACGUAAAUAAACGGUGUCCGCAUUGAGGUAUGUGCAAACCGCCUUGUCAUGACACCAGAUCUCCCUGUCGGAGUUUCAGCGCACGUGUCAUCAGGUAUUUAACUGGAGAGCUUCUCUUAAACUUUUGACUCAUCUUCAUUGGUAUUCUCCAGAAGGGCGUUAUGACCUCCGGGGUGCUUCUGGGGAGAGCAGUAAGAGCAGUAGCGGUCUCGCGAGCCAUGAGGGAGCGCGUGCCACCGGGGCAACGCAUUGUCCUCGUCCUGCUGGUACUGCCGUCCGUCCUGCUCGCAACUUCACUCGACAAAGGGAGACGUGAGCUGCCGCACCGACACGCCGAGUGGCAGCAGCUGUGGUACUCAAACUUUGAGGAGUUCCAGCGCCUCACAGAGCCCAACUUUGACAACAAUACAAUUAGCAACAUUACAGUGCAGCUGGGCGCAACAGCGUUCUUACACUGCCGUGUCAGGAACCUGGGAGAGCGCACGGUGAGUGCAGAAAUCUCGUGGGUCCGUCGACGCGACUGGCAUAUCCUCACAUCCGGAAUGUUCACCUACACGAACGAUGAGAGGUUCCAAGUCCUGCAUUCAGAGGGCUCUGACGACUGGACGUUGCAAAUCAAGUACGUGCAGAAGAGAGACAAUGGAACAUAUGAAUGUCAGAUAUCAACGGGCACGGGAAUAAUGUCACACUUCGUGGAUCUACACAUCGUCGUGCCUGAAGCUUUCAUCCUGGGUAGCGGGGAGCACCACGUCGAUGUCGGCAGUGGUAUCAGCCUCGUCUGCAUCAUCGAGAAGAGCCCCACCCCCCCUCAGUACGUGUUCUGGUACCACAACGACCGCAUGAUCAACUACGAUACAUCACGAGGAGGCAUUACCGUGGAGACGGAGCCAGGCCCCAAGACGCAGAGCCGUCUGACCAUUCGCGACGCCCACGACACCGACUCAGGCAACUAUACAUGCAGCGCGUCCAACACGGAGCCGGCGUCUAUCUACGUCUUCGUCUCCGAAGGUGACAAGAUGGCUGCUAUUCUGAGGAGAAAGACGUCUUCCGGUUCCGGUAUCGACGUGAUGCUGUGGUUCGUCAUGUUGCCGCUACUGGUCAUGGCGACAAGAUAAGUGACGUGAUUACAUAGAGUGACGCUCCACUCCACUCUACCCACUUCUUUAUAUUCAGAUAUAUAAAACAUCGAGUGUAGGAAGCCUCGCCCCUUUUCUACCUGAUAGCGAACCCGUUCAGUUAUAUACUUUUAUCAGUAUCUCUACAUAUAGUGUUUGUGGUCGGAAUAUUGAGGUAAAUGAGAACUGUGUAAAGUGUAAAUAGUGACCUGGAUUUCACAAUGAUAUCCUCACGGGAGUUCAGACUCACGCACCAAACAGCGUAAGGAAUUCAAUUUUGAAGAUCUGUGUUAAACUGCUGGAGUUACUGGGAGUGAAAGUAGCAUAUUUGUAGCUCACUUAUUCGGACGGUUUCAGAAGAGAAUGAAACUCAGUACGACAAGAGACACAUAAGGUUGCUUCUGCUUGAAUGCCUGAAUAUCUGAGCAGUAUGAUAUAGGGCAUUGUGAAUCUGUUCAUGUUAUUUGAGAACUGAUUAAUUAAAUCGUUAAAGGAGCUACCCAGGAUUCGUGAUGUCUUUGAAAAUGAAAAUGACAUGUAAAAUGUCGUCGAUACGCUUAACAAUACGCUUUUCGGCCCCUCGCGGAAGGGAGAUCACCCCUUACAAAUGAAGUGCAAGAAGUAAUGCUACUCACAAUACUACCUUACGCAUGCGCAGACAUGUAUGUGUUAGCCUUCGAAAUUUCGUUGCGAAAAACUAUGAAUUUAUGCACUGUAAAUUAACGUCAACGACAGAAUUUAUUUCGGUAGAUAUUUCGAACACAUUUAUCCAACUUUUCUCCUUAUUUGGGAGGUUUUCUUUAACGAGGCUAUGCAGAGUCAUAUCGUAGGAUGAUGAACUGGAAGGGAUGUGGAAGGGAGAUGUCAUGACGUAAUGGAGGUACAGUCUUAACAUUUAUGUGGAGACUGAGAAAUGCUACGAACACGUCAGUCAGAAUAUCUGGUGUGUCGGCAAAAAUUCGAAACGAGAACCUCUAGCCCAAUAUUUUUAAUUUCAGAACUGAAAUAUGUAGAUGCGCAGCACUGAACCAUAGUACAGGAAUGGGUCCAAGUAUUUCCGAGAAAACGUAUAUAAUUUUCUUUUUCAAAAUAAGCCGAAAAGCGCAUGCAGUGAUUUGCACUAAGGGCAUUUCCUUGAAAGGUAUAUCGGAAGAAAAUCAUAGUUUGCUGAAAAUUGUGCCUAGACUUGUCAUUUUGUAAAAUGUCACCGAACUGACAUCCACAGAAAGAGCAUAGCCCAUGUGUUCUUCCCGUCAUCAUGUGGACGACUCAAAGUUUCACUCCGAAACGGACUGCGUCACUAUCGCGUAAGCUGUGUGUUCUGAUCACGUGGUCAGGUACCACGACGGAGGGUCUCAAUCUCCCGGGGUGUAAGACGCGUCGUCACAGUUCCGAGACGUUGAAUUAGAAGACCGCGUUGACAUAUUCGAGAGCUGAGGAAGUUCCCGUGAGCGCGUCAGGAUGAGAUAAACUCAGGAUAUUUAUCUGCCACAUUGACACGUGUAAUUAAUUUUUUUCUUUGUACAUACGAGUUUAAGGAAGGAAGAGGAUUUCCGUGACGCGUGAUUAAGGAGUCACAAAGUGAUCGCAGGUCCCCAUGGUAACCUUACUGCAGGAUACAUGCAUAUAUAAAUAUAUCUUUAUUAAUUCCCAUAUUGGAGAAGGAAGUCGAGACCGAUUCCAGGAGAUGUUAUAUAUAUAUCAGAAAAGUGAACGUAAGGACUCUACUGAUACUUCAUGCACUGUGUUGGUUUCAUAUUGUUAUAAAACCGUUGACAACAUGCAAAGGGUGCUCGCCAUUUUGAACUAAUUCUGCAGUGCUUUCUUUGCUGGCAGGAAAGAAGUGUCGAACCCGCCUGCGCUGAGAACGAUGCAUGUGAAAAUAGUGUCUGCUGUUUUCAUUUUGAGACAGACCCGUGAAUACUGGGACUAUUAUCAGUUUUUAGUAAAUACUGUACAUUCUUUGUUGUUGUCGCCAAAUAUUACGAGGUUGCUUACGUAUCACUUCCAAAACAAAAAAAAA